CCCCGAAGUGGCGGAUAAGCUGCGCGCGGCCGCGCCGUCGCCGCAGAAGCAGAACGCCGUCGCCAUGGCGUCUCCCUCCACCGCGUUCGUCCCCCGCGCCGGCCUUCCCCUUCUCCGCGCAACGCCGCUAUUCCGCGUCAUCGCCUCUACCUCGGGCGCCGGGAGCAAGAAGAAGGACAAGAAGCCCAAGAGCGGCAGCAAGAGAGCCGGCCAGGACAAGGAUAGCAAGGCGCUGGAGCCUCCGGCCCCCGUGGUCCGCCGCGCCCCGGCGGGCAGCGCGUCGAUCUUCCAGCAGCAGCAGGAGGCGGCGUCCAAGGCCGGGGGCGCCGGUGGGAAGGGGCCCACGGAGGAGGAGCUGCGGCAGCGACAGGCCAACGAGAACGCCUUCCUCCUCGCAUGGCUGGGGCUCGGCAUCAUCAUCCUCGUCGAGGGCAUCGCGCUCGCCGCCUCCGGAUUUCUGCCGGAGGAGUAUGACAACUUUUUUGUCAAGUACCUUUAUCCAUCGUUCACUCCAACAGUUGUUCUGUUUUUGGCGGGUACGGUUGGAUAUGGUGUCCUCAAAUACUUUGAAAGUGAGAAAAGCAAAAGCUAGGUAACAACACAAAGCAUAUUUGGAGCAAAGUUGAGAUGCACGCUAUGUAUGAAGUAUUACGGCAGAAGAUGGGUGGCAGAGAAGUAGAUUGGUGUUGUAAUCUGUAUGAAGUUCAGUUGUAUAUCGGUGUUUGGGAUUAAUCAGCUUGUAGAGGUUCGUUGUGGUUGUGUAGAGCAUUGCUGUCAGAGUUUAACUUGAUUAAAUCGAUCUAUUGAUGACAUUGAAGGUGCAUUUUCGUGAUUAUGCUCCCUAUAUAAUAUUACGGGUCGUUUGUACAUUGUAACUGAAUAAAUGUGGCAUAUACAGUGUUUCAGAUCA